AUAUCAUGGGGAGGGCCCAACCUGAUCCGCGCGGAGAGGCGGCUGCUGGCGGCGGCGCUGGCGGACCCGGCGAACCAGCGCUUCGUGCUGCUCUCCGAAUCGUACGCCACGCCGCUCGCCCCUGCUGCCCUGUGCUGCGCGCUCCUUGCGCUCUCGCACUUGCUGUUGCAUUCUCUUGCACGCUGUGUGCUUGUGUGCGUGCAUUACUGCAGGGCUCCGCUCAUUCCCCACACAUUCCACAGGACCACCAACUACGACCCUCCUUUUCUCUUUCCCGCCUUCAUCCUCCCCCCCCCAACGGCACGCGGCGGGGGCAGGUGUGUGCCGCUGUUCAACUUCUCGCACGUGUACGACUACCUCUUCGCCUCGCCCACCAGCUUCAUCACCAGCCAUCCGAGCGAGUGGCGGUACCAGCCGGGCAUGGCGCCAACUGUCAACCGCAGCCAGUUCCGCAAGGGCUCUCAGGUGGGCGCUGUGAGGGGUGGGGGUCUUGCAGGAGUGGUGGGCUCGCAGGUGGGCGCUGUGAGGAGUGGUGGGCUCGCAGGUGGGCGCUGUGAGGAGUGGUGGGCUCGCAGUGAGGUGCUGCGCAAUGAGGUGCGGUGUAGUGAGGUGCCGCGGUUUCGCUCUCUCCGCACCACGCAAGCUUGGUUUGCGUUGACGCGCCGCCAUGCGGACAUGGUGGUGGCGGACACACACGUGUACGACGCCUUCCUCUCCAACCACGCCAUGCCUCUUCUUCCUGCGUCUCUCUCCUCUGCUGCCCUGCCACUGCUGCUCCUCGCCUCCACCCACACAGCAAUGGAUCUUGCCCCGCCGUGCUCCAGGACCAUGCCUUGUCUCCAUCCAACGGAAUCUCUCUUCCAUCCCUCCGCUGCCCCCCGCCUGCAGAUUCCUGACGAGAGCUACAUCCAGAUGCUCCUUCUGAUGCAGGACCCAGGGGGCGUGGAGCCGCGGGGGGUGACGUUUCUGCACUGGCAGCCGACAGCGGGGCGGCACCCGCUCACCAUAACCCCGGAGCAGCUCACGCCCGACUUCCUGCGCUCCAUCCAGCGCACGCGCCUGCCGCCCAAGGAGGCCAUCGGCUUCCUGCGUGUGCCCGCGCCGCGCCUCUGCCAGCUGGCGGGGCGCCCCACGCACUGCUUCCUCUUCGCCCGCAAGUUCAACGCCUCCGCCAUCCCCGCCCUCCUCGCCCUCUCCCCCGCCCUCGGCUUCUAA